AUGAGUUCAUCUAAAAGACACGGCGGUAGCAGCAGUAGCAGCCACAAGAGACGACACGAAUCCGAUGAAGAAUCCGAUAGAAGAUCUAGCAAACAUAGUAAAAUAUCAGAUUCGUUGAAAAAGAGCAUUCAACCUAUUGACGAGGAUGACUAUUUUGAAAAGGCAAAUGAGUUUAGAGUAUGGCUGAAGGAAUCAAAGCACAAGUACUUGGAUGAGAUCAGCUCAAAAGAAGCAAGAAGAUAUUUCAAGAAAUUUGUCAAAAGAUGGAAUGAUUAUGAACUGGACGAAAAAUUAUACAAAGGCUUGAAUUCAGCACAAUUGGAAUCAUCAGAUACAACUCGUUACAAGUGGUCGUUUGCAAAGAAUCUCAACAAGAUGGAGAUGGAUACAAUUCGUGAUAAUGUCGACAGCAUGACAAGCCAAAGUCGUGGAGAUGAUAGAGUAUUUGGUAAAAGAAGAUCGCAGGCUGUGGGCCCCAGUAUGCCAGAUACUGUUGAUAGGGAAGACCAAUAUGAGAAGGAAAGAUGGAAUCGCAAACAUGAAUCCAAAAGAAGAAAUGAAAGGCGAGAGGCAAUGCUGGAUGAAGUAGCACCAAAGGAAACUGGGCGCGAAGCAGCAUUAGCAAAGAAAAGAGCUCUCAAUGCCUACCACAAAAGAGAACGCAGCCCAGAUGUCGAAUUAUCUGAGCAGGAUUUAAUGGGUGGCGAUGACUUUAAAGCAAGAUUAGCAGCUGAAAGAAAAGCAAACGAGUUGAGAGAAUCAAGACGAGCUGAGAGACAGCAACAGCGAUUAGCACCUAUUAUGAGCAAGAUGGACGAUUAUAAAGCAAAGGAGGAUGCUACCAUGGCGAUGUUUAGACAGAUGGCAGAAGAGCGAAAGAGAAAUGGUGGAUUUUAG